AUGUCUGUUACCAAUUACAGUCAAAAUGCACUUUCUCAAAAUUUAUGGGAUUCAGAUCCAGAGUUAUAUAACAUUAUUAAAAAAGAAAAAUUAAGGCAAAAACAGGGAUUGGAAAUGAUAGCUUCAGAAAAUUUUACAUCAGUUCCUGUUUUGCAAUGCUUAAGUUCAUGUCUCCACAAUAAGUAUUCUGAGGGACUUCCUGGACAAAGAUAUUAUGGAGGAAAUAAAUAUAUUGAUGAGGUAGAAAUAUUAUGUCAAAAAAGAGCUUUAGAGCUUUUCGACUUGGACUCAGAAAAGUGGGCGAAAAUGAUUAUCGCAGGAAUUAGUUGUUACUCUAGAUGUUUAGAUUAUAAAAAAUUCAGACAAAUCUGUGAUGAUAAUGAUUGUUAUUUAUUUUCUGAUAUGGCACAUGUAAGUGGACUUGUUGCAGCCAAAGCUAUCCCAUCUCCCUUUGAAUUCAGUGAUGUAGUUUCUACAACUACUCACAAAACAUUAAGAGGACCUAGAGCUGGAAUAAUUUUUUAUAGAAAAGGUGUGAAAUCUGUGAAAAAAAAUGGAGAAAAAGUUAUGUAUGAUCUUGAACAAAAAAUAAAUCAGGCUGUUUUUCCUGGUCUUCAAGGAGGUCCUCAUAAUAAUACAAUAGGUGCAAUAGCGACAGCUUUAAAAUUAGCUACUUUACCAGAAUUUGUAAAUAACCAACAUCAGGUUAUUACAAAUGCCAAACAUUUAUGUUCUCUCAUGCAAAAGCUUGGUUACAAAAUAGUUACAGAUGGAACUGAUGUUCAUUUAGUUUUAGUCGAUCUUAGGAAUAAAGAAAUUACAGGAGCUAUAGCAGAGUUUGUUUUAGAAGAAAUUAAUAUUGCAUGCAAUAAAAAUACUGUACCAGGAGAUGUAAGUGCCUUAAAUCCAAGUGGUAUUAGAUUAGGUACACCAGCACUUACUACUAGAGGAAUGAAGGAAAAAGACAUGGAAAAAGUUGUGGAUUUUAUACAUAAAGGUUUAGAAAUAGCAAAGAAAGGGCAAAAGAUAUCAGGGCCGAAAUUAAUAGAUUUUAAAAAGUUUAUUGCUUCUGAUGCCCUGAUAAUGAAAGAAAUAGAAAAUUUAAAAUUUGAGGUUGCACAAUUUGCAAAUGAUUUUCCUCUUCCUGGACUUGAAAAUUUAUAA